AUGAAAUUCUUUGGAUCUUGGACGUGGAAGAAACUGUUAAAGUUGAGACCAUUCGUUUAUCAGUUUGUUAAAGUGAAGAUAAAUAGUGGUGCGACAACUUCUUUUUGGUUAGAUAAUUGGUCUCCUUUGGGAAAACUAAUUGAUCUAAUAGGAGAAGGUGGAUGCUUAGCUCUGGGUAUUUCGCUGCACACUACAGUGGAGAGAGCAAUUCAGAUGUAUAGGAGCAGAAUGCAUAGAGUUCCUGUAUUUCGUCAGAUUGAGCAAGAAGUAUUGAAGUUGAAAAGUAGUAGUAUGAAUAUGAUGGAGGAUGUGUGUCUAUGGAAGAGGGAAAAUGGGGAUUUCAAGCCGGGGUUUGUCACCUCUCAAACUUGGAAUCUCAUUAGAUCUCGUUCAUCUAAAGUGCAGUGGAGCAAAGGCAUUUGGUAUCCAGAGGCCACUCCGAGGUUCGCCUUUCUUUCUUGGCUUGCUGUUCGUAAUAGACUAGCGACGGGAGACAAGAUUAUCAGAUGGAAUCCAUUAGCCAUCUCUACUUUUUGGCUUUGUAAGCAGGAGCAAGAAACGAGAAGUGUGGAGUAG